AUGCCACUCACUCCGACUACCACCCAACAAAGUCAGAUCUCGUCUCUCAUUGUCGAGACUGGUGCCAAUGAAAGCAACUCGAGAAUGCCACAAGAUAUUCUCAAGCCAAUGUUGCACGUUCCAGACGACACAGAGUACACCAUGGAUCGCUGGCACCGACAGACACCACAGGAAGAACCAUGGACUAUCUCCGGUGGUGGAAACUCGACAGGCAGUGUGGCAAAGGGUACGGCGAAGUAG